UAGCUAAAUUAAAGAGGGAGGGAAGAGGAGCUCACAGCCAUGAGUGAAGAAUAUGAAGAAAACGUAGAGUUAAACUAUCUCAAAGUGACGGCUGGUGCUUAGGACAGGUCCCACAAGCUGAAUUUCUCUGAUGGUUUGGAUGGUACACGCGGCGGUCAAAGCUUCUGCUCUCGCAUCCAUGUGGUGCUGACCUGCAGCCUGAAGAUGCGAGUGAGUGCGUGGCUUCUCUGCGUGUCCUGGCUCUGCACCUGGGCGGCGUACUCGCCCAGGUGCACGUGCCAGGACGCAUGUCCGACAGAGUCGGGACUGGCGAGGAGGUCAAAGACUCGGGUCAAGGAGCAUGUCCGUCACGACGUCAGGCAGCAGCAGCACACUGUGCACAGACACAGGCCGCUGCGUAGAAAAGCUUUCAGAGUUCAUGCAGAGGAGACGCCGCCCCGCAUCGUCCACCACCCCUCUGACGUGGUCGUGAAAGUUGGGAAUCCGGCCACGCUCUCCUGUCGAGUGGACGGCAGCCCCAAGCCAACCAUCGAGUGGCGGCACAACGGCCAGCCCCUGGAGACGGUGAACGGAGACGAACACUGGCAGGCCAUGGUUUUGUCAGAGGGCAGCCUCUUCUUCCUGAGUGUUGAAGGAGGCGGGCAGGGGCAGUCACACGAGGGUGUCUACACAUGCGUGGCCAGCAACAGCGCGGGGAAGGCCACCAGCCGCAAUGCAUCGCUGUAUAUCGCAGUGUUGAAGGAAGAGUUUGUUGUGGAGCCCACUGAUGUGGAGGUAGCAGUGGGGGAGGUGGCUGUCCUAAAUUGCGAACCUCCGUCUGGACACCCUGAGCCGAACGUCAUGUGGAAGAAGGAUGGCCGGCCGAUCAACAGCAGUGACCACCACUACACUGAGCUGAGUGGGAAGCUCAUCAUCGCUCCUGCGGAGAAAAACCACUCCGGCGCUUACGUGUGCGUGGCCAGUAACACUGAGGGAGUGAGGGAGAGCAGAGCAGCUCGGCUUUCUGUGUUGGCCAAACCUAUGAUGGUGCUGAAGCCGGAGAACGUGUCAGUGAGGACGGGGGAGUCGGCCCACUUCUACUGCCGAGCUAAAGGUGACCCUCCACCGUCUGUGGUGUGGAGCAGAGAGCAGGGGUCACUGCCCAAUGGCAGGUACCUUGUAAAUCCAGACCAGACUCUGCAGAUCCAUUAUGUGACAACUCAGGACGCUGGGAAGUACGUCUGCACGGCGGUCAAUGAUGUAGGUGUGGUCACCGCCAGUGCACAGCUGCUGGUUGAAGAGGCUGCCAGCACUAAACAGAAAGACCUUCACAAAGAGCUGUCAGCUCUGCGAGUGGCUCUGGAAAAUGUCACCAUUGUGGCCCCUGGGUCCAACAUAUCCCAAGUACAAUGGAAGCUCCAGUUCCUCCCUGCCCAGCCACAUUACCUUGAUGGCUUUGAGGUUCUCUAUCGCUCCCUGCUGCCCGCCAGCUCAGAGUGGGCAGCCAAGAAGGUGACGCCACCGGGUUUCCAGACUCAGGUGGGCCCUUUAAAGAGAGGCUACAAGUACGAAUUCAAAGUCCGUCCCUAUGGCAGCAACUUGUAUGGAAGGGAGAGCAACACGCGUCACCUCAGAGUCCCAGAGAUGGUUCCCAGUGCUUCUCCGCUGGCUGUGUCCAUAACAGUGAGUCAUGAGCAGAAUAACACCGUCCACCUGAGCUGGGAGCCUCCUCCACAUGAAACCCACAAUGGUAUCAUCCAGGGUUACCAGGUGUGGUGUGUGGAUUCUGAGGAGCAGCAGUACCAGAACUGGACAGUGAAUAGUGGACAACACAGCCUCGAUAUCUCUGCUCUGAAGCCAGGGAAACGUUACUGGCUCACCAUUGCAGCUGUCAACGGCGCUGGAGUUGGAACACAGAGUGACCCUCAUGGAUUUGUCAUCAACUCACACAUCGCCGGUCCUGCCGAGUCCGACAGCCAAAGACGGGAUCUGUCUCAGGUCUUGGCCCUGUUUCAGGACCCAGUGUUGAUUGGGAGCAUUGGCGCCCUCCUGUGGUGUAUUCUGAUGGUUGCAGCCGUCUGCUUGUUCAGACGCCACAGCGGGACGGGUCUGAUGCCGGGACAAGGCAAGGGAAGAGGUUUGCACAGACUGGCUGAUGAAGACCUCAUCAUUAAACACAGGAUGGCAGCUCCAGACUCCCCAUGGAUCUCUGGAACCUGGAGACCUGCCUUCAGCCAGAAGUACCAGGACUUAUGGGCCCAAGGUCAGAAACAUCCAGGCAUCAGGAGCACCAGCCUCCCAGUCUCAUCGAAGAAGGACCCCAACGGCCUGGACUCGGUCGUCCCCAUCGUGACUGACAACUGCAGCGUCUACGGCACUUUCUACGUGGACCUGAUGGGCAACGGCCUCAAGACCUUCAGCAGUCCCAGGUGUCGGCCCAAAAUGCCUCACAGUCUGCCACAUCAGCAAGGAGUCGAGACCAUCCAGAUAUUCUCCCAGCCCGUAGCGAAGAGCUCGCCGCUCGUAAGCCGCGAGGCGCUGCCAUGGAAACAGGCCAUACGUCCGCAGCCCAAGAUGGGCGUGCUGAGGGAGUCGAGGGAAAAGAUCCACACCAAACAAGAGUUGCAUGCAGUCAACAGCGUCCCCAUACUGUCAACCAGAAACCAGGCCUGUCCGUCCAGUUUCUACAAACAGAGACUCAGUCACAUACCACCAGGUCGACAUGGUGGAAACCGAGUGUGCGGGGAAGCUGGCGUCUGUCCUCGGCUGCUGCAUUACUCCGCAUCGGUGCACCUAGUGGACAUGCUGCCCCCGCCACCUCCGAUGCCCACAGACAACAUCACAGACUCACACAGCCUGACGUCAGAUGAAGGUUCCAGUCGUUCUACAAAGCUCACAAUGGACACGGGCUCUCUCCAGUCAAUGUGUCCUGCAUCAGGACAACGUGAGCAGCCAGGUCUCAGCACUAACAACAACAACAACAACAAGAGAUGCCCCUCCCACAGCCAACAAUCUACUGCGUCGUAUUCCAUGUCAUUCGAUGAAGAACACAGUGGCACACUGACAACACAGGAAGCCACUCAGUAUCUGGAGCUGAGCCCUAAACCAGAAAGAUGCAGUGUUCUGCCUGAGCAGCGUCCCUUCCUGACGUCCACCUUCGCUCCAAACCUGGGCUUCAUGCACAGGCCAGUGCAUGCCACUCGACUGGAGGACGACCUCGCAUCUGACGAGCCUGAAGCUCCACCCGUCCACCUGCGGCGUGCCCGCCUCCAGAGCACGCCGUCCUCCUGCUACAGCGAAUGGGACAGCUCACUGUGGAACACGUGGAGCACAGCCACGGAUGACAACAUGGCCAGCGCCCGCACCAGCCUCAUCAGCUCCGUGGACAGCUGCUACACAAGCGACAGCGCACACUUCGCCCACCUGCUUGCCGUGGCGGCAGAGACAAUGAGUGGAGCUUCAUUGUCAGAUUUCUCUCCGCCGGCCUCCCCCCUCAGCGCCGUCAUGUACCCGCCGUUCCACGCAGAGGGCGACUCGUUCGGCGAGCCGGAGCAUGUUCCGGCGUGGGACUGGAGUAUGGCCUGGGUGGAGGAAAUGGAGGCCCAGUACAGAGCUCACUAUCCUGGCAGAAGCACGAAACCCUUCAACACUUAAGGGAAUAAUGACGGAGGCAAACGCGAGCCAAUCGUCUUUAGGAACACCUUGAAGCAGCUGCGUCAUACAGUGCUUUUUUCUUUACUUUUAUAAAAGUGCUGCAACCAAUAUUGAGGUCUGAGUAACUCGGAAAUAUAAUUGGAGCUUACUCUUUGAUGUUUCACCUCUGCUGCGGGAGCUGCACGUCUGCCAGUUACGUGUCUUUUUACAACUUUUUUCCCCAGUUUUACCUCAGGACAGGUCCAUCUGUUUUUUUUGCAUCCUUUAUGUGACGUUCAUUAAGUUGCCACAGUUUUGCUCUUCUCAUUACAGGAGAGGAUAAUGAGACGCUUCCCUCAGGACGCUCUCAGCCUCCGUGUUCUUUUGAAAAGGCCAGAAAGACACGGAGACCGGACGUGAGACAGUGAGACAGCAGUCAUUAGGGCAAAAGACGUACAAGAGUUCUCACAGGAGUUCGUCCGCACUUCAAACAGUCUUUUUUGUUUAUUAUUAUUAUUAUUGUUAUUAUUCUCCUCCACUUAGACUUACCGCAGCGUAGUGAUUUUGUACAGAAUGAUUUAAGGACGCAUUGUAAAUAAUGCAGCAUAUUCGACAGAUGUUAUUUAAAGAGUUUUAAGUACGGUCACAUUCUGAGAAUUCUUUUAUAUUGUUAUUAUUAUUAUUCUUCUUCAAUGGUCUUUUUUAUUGUUUACCAUGCAGCCUGUCCACAUUUCACUCUUACGGCAGAAUCCGUAAAAACGUAACUGUAGCUCACGAGAGAAUAAACGUAGAACUUUUGUUUGUUUGAACGCACGUAGGAUUUAAGUCAUUUGAUUUUAGUAAUAAAGUAUUUUUUAAAAGACUUUAAGGUGCUAUAUAUAUAAACAUUUAUUCAACAUAUGUAUAUAUAAAAUGACUUUUUUCUAUUUCACUAAUGUUAGUUUUACAUUUUGGAAGAAUUUGUGUUUCUUUUUUUCUAAACCUUACAGAUGUGUUUUAUAGUUUUGAAUAAAAAGUUUGCUUUGGAUUGAAGAUGAUUGUCUUAAGCUGCAGUGAGUACAUUUUGUUGAUAUUCUUCUGCCUCCUUUAUGUAAAAAAACUUUUAAACACUUUUUGUG